UGAACGCUGGAAAAAUUUGCUUGUCAUGACUGCAUUAAAUGCAAACUAAUUUGUUUAUUUCAUUUGAUAUUUUUGCUUUGAAACUUCAAUUGAUUUAUCGAAAGAAUGGCUACCAAUUUCAAAUUCCAAUAUAAUGAUUCGAUUGAAACACAACGUAGUCAACAACCGAUUUGCACUGGUACAUCGGUUUUGGGACUUGUAUUCGAUAAAGGUGUUGUAAUCGCGGCCGAUCAAUUGGCCAGUUAUGGUUCAUUAGCUCGAUUUCGUAAUGUUCAACGAGUGAAUUGUGUUAAUGAUCGUACAAUUCUUGGUUGCGGUGGUGAUUAUGCUGAUUAUCAACAUAUUGCUAAAUUGAUUGAACAAAAAGUGAUUGAUGAAUCGUCUUAUGAAGAUGAGCAACAGAUUGGACCUAAAGCUCUUCAUAAUUGGAUUACGAGAGUUCAGUAUAAUAAACGUUCCAAAAUGGAUCCCUUAUGGUGCAGCUGGGUGGUCGGUGGCAUCGAUGAGGAUGGUAAACCAUAUCUUGGACUAUCCGAUCGGCUUGGCACAUCAUAUUGUUCGCCACAUAUUGCUUCGGGUUUCGGAAACUAUCUUGCCAUACCGUUAAUGCGUCAAGAAUAUGAAGCUAAAAAUGGCAAAUUCACUGAAACUGAAGCCAUCGAACUAUUAAAGAAAUGUUUGCAUGUUCUCUUCUAUCGGGAUGCCCGAUCGCUGAAUAAAUAUCAAUUGGCAAUUGUCACUGCAGACCGUGGUUCUCGUAUCGAAGGUCCCUUUAGUUUCACUGGUGAAUGGGAAUUUGCUAAAACAAUUUCAGGAUAUGAAUAAUUUUUUAAUCAAUACUUUAUUUU